AUGGCCUGGCUCAGCGGAUCAGCGACCAACAGCGGUUUGAUCAACAAUCUGGUGUCGAACAAGUUGAUUCGCUCUCCCAUCGUCAAAGAAGCGAUGCUCAAGACGGAUCGACUUCACUAUAUGCCUCGAACCUCUUCGGAAAGCCUAGGCAAGUCGAACGCGUCUCAUCGAGAGGCGUACGACGAUUCUCCCCAAGGAAUCGGAUACGGAGCAACGAUCAGCGCACCUCAUAUGCACGCAUUGCUAGCAGAUCUGCUUGUCCCUUUUCUGAAUCCAUCCGCUGCCGAUCGUGCUCCUGCUGGUCUGGAUGCGACAGCCAAGGACAAAACGCCCACCUCGCUCGGCACGGGAUGCGGCAAGGUGCUAGAUAUUGGCUCAGGAUCUGGCUACCUUCUCAGUGUCCUCUUCCGAGCUGGCGCUUCCCAGGCAAUAGGCAUCGAGCACAUCUCCGAGCUCGUCGACAUCUCAAAGGCGAACAUCCGUAGGGAUGGACUGGCUGAUGAUCUGGACAGGUCAACCGUACAAGUCCACUGCGGCGACGGCAGAUUAGGUGAGCGAGCAGCGGCUUCUUCGUCAUGUCGAUCGUGUGCCGUCAUUCUGGCGAACAAUGACUCACUCGCACCUCCUGCUUCCGGUCAUCCGCCGAUGACUAGGCUAUCCCGCUCUAGGCCCCUACUCGGCCAUCCACGUAGGCGCAGCAGCAGACGGUGAUGUGCCUCAACCCUUGCUGGACCAGCUCGCUUCGCCAGGCCGCAUCGUGUGUCCGGUACAGAAUCUGAGCGGCGACCAGUAAGCAGCGACGUGCGGUCGUCGAGAUGCGUCUGCCUUCACGAUGGCGCACUCGAGCAUCCAAAUCGAGAGUUUAGCGCACUCACACUUCACCCUCACGUGCGCCGCAAUCACAGGCAGAUCAUACAGAUCACCCGCGACGAAGAUGGCAAUAUGACAAGAGAAGCGCUCAUGGGCGUCCGAUAUGUUCCGCUAUGCGACGAGCAGAAACAACGACGAUACUGA